CCAACAUUUCCAGCUCUGUGUGUGAGACGCCAUUUUGCAGGAAAGUUUGGAAUUUGUGGACCUGAGGAGGAGGAGGAGGAGAAGGAGGAGGAGAAGGAGUGAAAAAAGAGGAAGAAGCAGAGAAAGAGAGGAGGGAUUUCCACGGACAGAAGUUUGACACGAACGCACAACGCAGCCCGUGUGUCUGCGGGGGGAGAACACUCCGAGGGGGGCAAGUGUGCGGACCAGUGCCGGGAUAAGUUGGCACGGCUUCGGGUGCCACCAGGCUGGACUUGGAAGUUUUUUUAUUUUUUAGGAGUAUCCGCUGGAGCUCCGGGGCCGGGCGGUGCGGGCCGUGUCUUCCGCGUCCCAGUCGCUCGGAGCCGCCUCUCCACUUUUCCAGCCCGGGUCUCCGCGGCGGUCAGCGGUCACCCCGCGCGCUGCACGCCGGGGCACGGAGCCUCUGCGGCGCGGAAGCGCGGCUCGGACGCUCGGUGGCAGCUGGAGCUCCGCGGUGGCCCGUGCGGGUGUAGUUUGACCCGGGACCGGUCCGUGUGUCCGUUCAGUAGUUUAUCUCGGGAGACUCGGGGCUGUUCGUGUCAGUUUCACCCGGACUCGGAGUUUGUUUUGUCGGAGGGGAACUUGGUGUCGUCGUGGACGGAUUUUCUCCGACUUGGAGCCGUGACAGCGGGCUUUAACUGGAGGAAUACCCACCCGAACCCGUCCUGUGAGGGGGGUGUAUGCGGCCAGAGGAGAAGUAGCUCCGUUCCAAGCCGAGCCAGACCCAACCAUGCCAGUCAGAAAGAAAGAUGCCCAGCGGGCCCUGCUGCUGUUGGAGGAGUACCGGGCCAAGCUGAACCACACCGAGGACCGGCAGCUGCGACACUCCAUCCAGAGGGUCAUCGACAUCUUCCAGAGCAACCUGUUCCAGGCCCUCAUAGAUAUCCAGGAAUUUUACGAAGUGACCUUAUUGGACAGUCAGAGGUGGGUGGAGUCUUCCAAGGGGGCGGACCCCAUGGCACCCGUCAACCUGUGGGAUUUCUCCAGCCUUCAAAGCACAACGGUGACCUCGGACACUCUGCCCAGCCUUAGCACCAGCAUCGAGGUAAGACCCAGCCCAAACCUGGGCCACAUACAGGUCCACAUCCAGGCUAAAACCUGGGCCACAUACAGGUCCACAUCCAGACUAAAACCUGGUCUAUAG